CCGUCCCGCUCGGGGUUCCCCCCCAAGGCGGCCUCGGCCCCCCUGCCCGAACCCAGCUUCGCUCCCUCCAGGCCGGGUCAAUGCGGCGCUUUUCGCCGGGCCAUGGACACCAGCGACCUCUUCACCAGCUGCAAGAAGGGCGACGUUUGUCGCGUGCGAUACCUUCUUGAACAGAGAGAUGUUGAAAUCAAUGUCCGAGACAAAUGGGACAGUACCCCUUUAUACUAUGCUUGUCUCUGUGGACAUGAAGAACUUGUGCAAUACCUUCUAGCCAGUGGUGCAAAAUGUGAAGCAAACACCUUUGAUGGUGAACGUUGCUUAUAUGGAGCUCUAAAUGAUACUAUUCGGCGGGUAUUGAAGGAAUAUAAGCAGAUCACUGCAAAGUGCAUGAAGAGGGACUACUAUGAUGCCUUUCUUCAGCGGCUUCUAGAACAGGGUUACCACAGUGACAUUGUUUUUAUUGUUCAUGGGAAGUCUUUCUGUGCCCAUCGCUGUGUACUUGGUGCUCGAAGUGCAUAUUUUGCAGAAAUGUUUGAGACUAAGUGGAAGGGGAAGAAUGUCAUAGCACUGAAACAUCCAUUGAUAAAUCCAGCAGCCUUUAGCUCUCUUCUGCAAUACCUCUAUACAGGGUGUUUGGACAUAGAUGUAGAAUAUGUAAAUGACUGCAAGAGAUUGGCCAAACAAUGUCAGCUCCAAGAUCUCAUUGAAGACUUGGAAACCAAAUGUAAAAAGGUGUAUGAAUUUGUUUCUUCCAAGCCAGGAACCUGUGUAAAGGUGCUUACAAUUGAACCGUCAGGUAAUUCACAGUUGCAGGAAGACCUCGCUCUACUAGCAGAGUGCGCCUUGCCAGCUGAAUUCAGGGUAGGUUUUGGAGAGUUGCCUUUUGAUAGCACCGACAGCUUCAGCAGUUAUCCUGAUCUGUGUUUCCGAGUGUCAAAUUACUGUUUCUUGUGUCACAAGGCAUUUUUCUGUGGCCGAAGUGACUAUUUCAAAGCCCUCCUAGAAGACCACUUCUCGGAGAGUGAGGAGCUACAAACCCAACCCAGUAUCCCCGUGGUGACUCUCCAUGACAUUUCAGAGGAGAUCUUCAUCAGAGUUCUGUAUUACAUCUAUAGUGAUGACACAGAGUUGUCUCCUGAAAACGCCUAUGAAGUGCUUUGUGUUGCUGAUAUGUAUCUGUUACCUGGGCUUAAGCGCCUGUGUGGGAGAACUUUGGCACAGGUUCUCGAUGAAGACAGUGUUGUCAGCAUCUGGAAGAUUGCAAAACUGUUCCAACUGACCCGACUGGAAGAUCAGUGCACAGAGUAUAUGGCAAGGAUAAUUGAGAAGUUAGUGGAGUUUGAGGAAUUUGCAGCAGCAGUGAAAGAGAAUGCUGACGCAGUGGAAGAGCGGCAGGAGACGGACUCUAUUCCUCUUGUGGACGACAUCCGUUUUCACAUAACCAGCAACGUUCAAACGUACAGUGCCAUUGAAGAGGCUAACCAGAAAUUAGAUGCUCUGGAUAAUCUUUUGGCUAGCAUUGGACUUGAAUGUUAAUCUGGGAGAUUUUCUUGUGUAAUUAAAUGAAGUAUCAGU